AGCCAUCCAAAAUACACACACGCAGUGCACCAAGAGUUCAAGAGCGUUUUUCAGUUAGGGCAGUGGAAAUAUCUGCGGACAGACUUCAUUUUAUCCAUCCACUUUCUUUUUGGUCGGGACGAGGUUGUGCCAAGUGUCAAACUUGCUUUUCUUUUUCUUUUUUCUUUCUUUUUUGCUACCGGCAACUUUCAGAGACGCUGCUGUUCACACCGCUGGCAUGUGUUGCGCUUGCACGCCAGAGACGAGGUGAGCGCACGAGCAGCACAGAGACUGUAUAUAGAUGUACGAGAAGUUGGGUUGCAGAAAAGCACAGAGUGAAAACACUACAAGAUGACUCUACACAGUAAGAAGAAAGAGGACUCUGGCAAUCAUAGUUGGAAUACGGCUGGGGCUCUGUUCUGCUUGUCUGGCAGUAAUUAUGGAGGCAAAGGGAAGAGGCUUAUGGCACUCUUCCAUCCAGGGGUCACAUUAGUUGGACUGAUUUUGUUGGCCAUCCUCCCUGUUGGAGCAGGCAUCAAACAGAGUGUCCCCAGGGUCAAACUCAGUCACAGAGAAUUGCUGCAGGCAGGCAGUGUUUCUCUGUUUUUGGACCCCUCCAAUGGCCUUCACUCACAGUCGCUGCUCUUGGAUGAGGAGAGAGGUCGUCUUCUGUUGGGAGGCAGGGAUCACAUCUACCUGCUUGACCUUGACAAUCUGGCUGAGUCCCCUAGAAAGAUUCACUGGCCUGCUCUGAAGGACAGAGUUGAAAUGUGCAAACUGGCUGGCAAAAAGGAAAACCUGGAAUGUGCAAAUUUUAUCAGGGUUCUUCACAAUUACAACCGAACACAUGUCUAUGCCUGUGGAACAGGGGCCUUCCACCCCACCUGUGCGUUCAUUGAAAUCAUUGGCCACAAAAAGGAUGGCGUUUUCCAGCUGCUGUCUAAUACAGCGGAGUCUGGCAGAUUGAAAUGUCCUUUUGAUCCCUUUCAGCCAUUUACAUCAGUCCUCACAGAUCAGUACCUGUAUGCGGGCACAUCUUCAGACUUCCUGGGCAAAGAUACAACGUUCACACGCUCCCUAGGCCCUCCUCCUGACCAGCACUACAUACGCACAGAUAUCUCGGAAGACUGCUGGAUCAAUGAGGCCAGGUUUAUAUCUGCUCAUCCCAUCGCAGACACCUACAAUCCAGAUGACGAUAAAGUAUACUUCUUCUUCCGCGAGGUGUCCUGGGAAGGCAACGACAAAAGCAUCCUCUCCCGAGUGGCUCGCGUGUGCAAGAAUGAUGUGGGUGGGCUGAGGAGUCUGACCAAUAAAUGGACGACCUUCCUCAAAGCCAGACUUGUGUGUUCCAUCCCAGGGCCAGAUGGCGUGGACACACACUUUGAUCAACUCCAGGAUGUCUUUCUACUCCCAACCAGAGAUGAAAAAAACCCCAAAGUGUAUGCAGUCUUCACAACCUCUAGUUCCAUUUUCCGUGGCUCAGCAGUGUGUGUGUAUAGCAUGGCAGACAUAAGGGCUGUGUUUAAUGGACCUUAUGCCCACAAGGAGGGGCCUGACCACCGCUGGGUAGAAUACGAGGGGAGGAUACCAUAUCCUCGUCCUGGAACAUGCCCAAGCAAGACAUAUGAUCCAAGGAUCAAGACCACCAAAGACUUCCCGGAUGAGGUUGUCAGAUUUAUUCGAUUCCACCCUCUAAUGUAUCGCUCUGUCUACCCCCUGACUGGUCGCCCUCUGUUCACACGUGUCAAAGUGGACUACACCUUGACUCACAUUGUUGUGGACAGAGUUUUGGCAGAUGAUGGACAGUAUGAGGUUAUGUUCCUGGGAACAGAUGCUGGCUCCAUUCUGAAGGUAGUGAGCAUCACUCAAGAAAACUGGUCAACAGAGGAAGUGGUGCUUGAAGAGCUUCAAGUGUUCCAGAUUCCCUCUCCCAUCCUCAGUUUGGAGAUCUCUUCCAAACAGCAACAACUCUACGUGGGUUCAAGCGAGGGGCUAGCCCAGGUUUCACUCAGCAGAUGUCACCUGUACGGCCAGGCUUGUGCUGAAUGCUGCCUGGCACGAGAUCCCUACUGUGCCUGGGAUGGACACGCGUGCGCACGAUACAUCCCUGCCUCUAAGAGACGAGCUAGAAGACAGGACAUCAAGCAUGGAGAUCCUGCCAUUCAGUGCUGGGACACAGAAGACAGUCUUGGUACUGGACAUGUGGAGGAGAAAGUUCUCUUUGGGGUGCAGAGCAACUCCACCUUCCUCGAGUGUAUCCCCAAGUCUCAGCAGGCCCGUAUCCGGUGGUACAUACAAAGACCUGGAUCUGAACGCAGAGAGGAGGUCAGAUUGGAUGAUCGUGUAGUUCACACGGAAAGAGGUCUCCUAAUUCGUUCCCUCCAUGCUUCUGAUGCUGGUAUGUAUAUCUGUGUAGCUCAAGAGCACACACACUUCACCCACACUCUCCUCCGGGUCAGUCUACAACUUGUUACACAUGGACGACUAGACAGAAAAGCCACGCCGAGCGACGACUCUGCCGGGGGGCUGCACCAUGGAACGGAGUCGCGUCAGCGCUAUAAAGACUACCUGAGAGCGUUGAGCUCUCCCUUCAGCUCUCUAGAAGAAUACUGUGAUUCACUGUGGCUGGAUAAGAGGCCAUUGAGGGUGCGAGGGCGAGGCUUAGGAAAUGGCAAAUGGAAACACAUCCAGGAAAUGAAGAAGAGCAGGAACAGGAGACACCACAGAGAGAGUGUGGAAAAGAAAGAACAACAGAAGCAAGGGAGGGUAGUGAGGACAGCAGAACAAUAAGGGACGGCAUAUAAAAACAUUAAGGAUGCGUAUAUUUACUGGGUUAAGGAACUGUGAAAGAACUGUGAAAUUGCGGUGUCAGGUGAGCAAGUAAACUUUGACUCAAAGUGACAUGACAGACUAUCAAUGAAAUAUACAGUUCAAAUGAAUUUAACAUACUUUGGAAACAACUUGAAAUAGUAGAGGUAUCCUGUGGGAAAUGCAGUGUUAAUUUGUACAUAAAUUAUCCAUUGACAUUACUCAAGCUACAGUAGUACUGAUCAGGUGAAGGACUGCUUCAUGGCUGCUCUUUCCAAUAGUUUUCAUUGCUGUUUCUCUCUCUCUCUCUUUUCAUUAAAGCAUAAUGUUAAAUUUGAACACUUAAUGACUUUAAAAAGAUACAGUUUGUAAUAUUGGAAUUAAAAUGAUGACAUUGCUUUCAUCAUGGGUGACUGUAAAUAUUUAUAUAACAUGUACAGGAGAUAUAGCAUGUUCAGUUUAGUCACAAUAUACUCAUAAUCAGUAAUCAUGUAUGGUGUUAUUCUUAAAAAUGUACAUAUUUUUGUACAAUUUAUUUACUCAUGUGUACUGUAGGUACAGUAGGUUUUUAUUUCUUAAUUAUAACUGUUCGUGAACGUUAUUUAAAUAAAUGUGUCUUGGAACCUCUGUUCUCUAAACUGUUUGCUUAUAUUCUCCACAGAAAUAAAAUCAGUAUGCAAAACUUUAUUGCUGCAAUUACAGGAAGUCUCAAGUAUAUUCACUCAUAUGACAGGCAUACUCAGAACUGGUUAGGGUUAGUUCAGCUGAGCCUCUCCUGAUAUAGCAACAGAACAGAAGUCCCUGUACACUUUAUGCAGAUGUCAGAAUAAUUCAGGACCAGCUGGUUUGUUGUUUAGUGCGUGUGUGUGUGUGUGUGUGUG